AGUCUCUGCUCCUUUUUCCAUCAAACACAAAACGAGCUUAUUACUCUUCAUCGGCCACUCUAAACAUCAAUUGACCCCUUCUGAAGCUCCCAUCAAGAUGGAUGUUUACUACUUCUACAGCUACGGCACUGCCGCAUGGCUCGCUACGCAAGCCGCCCCUCUCGUCGCAUCGCCGACGAUGAUUGUCGCUUUGCUCUCCCCAGAAGUCCGCGAGGCAACCACUCUCGAGGUCUACUUUUCCCGCACGCUCGGGUUCACGCUCCUCACGCUAGGCAUAUUGACCGUCUUGCUCACGGGGUCGGUCCCGCUGUCCAGUCGCUUAUCUGAAGGAGCGACAACAUCAGCGGCUGAUCCGAAAGCGCCUUAUGCCCUCCCAACGCUCACCAUAACUGCCAUCUUCCACGCUGCCUACGCCUUCUAUGGCUACGGCAUGUGGACUGAGACUGGCGUCAUCUCUUUCGGUUUGGGAACGAUCGGCUCAGGCUUCCUUAGCGCGGUUGCGCUCUGGUGCAUUCUGUUUGCGAGCAGCGAUGGCAGGAUCAGCAGGAAGACGGGUGCGGACAAGCGAACCAGUGGGUUCCCGUUCAAGAACAGCGAGGCAGACAAGAGGAAGGGUCGCUAGAGCAGUCUUGAUUGCCGGAUAGCAAUGGCUUAUUUGAUACUUGGUGUCAUUUGGUCCGCGACUGAGGCAAUGGACGCUGCGAUCUCAAAAGUUAUGAUCGCAGGGAUGACUGGCUGGAUCCUGGUGGAUUGACAGCUGUAUGCGCGGACUAAAUAUAGCCGGAGUACAAGCUACAUAUGAUCAGGCACUGGGUUGGGGCAGCGAUGUAUAUUACUGUAGCAGAAUUUCAUUUGGUAAAUCCACAUGCUUCGCCGCCGGCUAGUGUUUCCAUCGCAAUCCGUAACAGAUUGUACGUGCAGGUACUUCUCAUAUUUGACUACGCUUUCUCCGACCAUAGCUUUCCAUAACCGUUCACGCUCGCCCCAGCU